GGAACUCUUGGACCCUUCGGAUGAGAUAUCAGAGGUGUUCACGGCACCACCACCAAAGCGCCACAUCCAUAUCAUAGUGGAUGUACCAUACCCGAAUAUCUACUACUAUUUUCGAGGUGCAGAUGCAUCGGAGGAAGGAAUGGUUCGAAUCCAAUCGCAUGAAGACGUCAUGACAUUCAAACAACAGAUCCAAGAUCGUCAUAGUAAUCUCAGUGAUUUGCCCUCUGCUUGCUUAAAGCUCUUCAGGAUCUCGGAGGACGAUGUCCAGGAGAGUCUUGAUCAGAUGGACGGUGGUACGGCUCUCACCGGGAGACAGAAGAUAUUCGAAUGUUUCGCGGAUAGUCCAGUUCUCGAGAAUUAUUGCGUUGUUGUCCAGCUUUCUUCCCCUGAGUCGAUAAAUAAACGUCGUGCGGUGGCUAGGCGCCCAGUUAUGGAUGCAAGGGGCCCCAUUAACGAAGGGGAUUUGAUUAUGGUGGCGCGGAACAACUUCCUGAGAGACCGUCCCAAAAAAUCGCCAUCGAGCAGUGGUCAACCAUCGUCGUUUCAUAACCUACAAGGAAACUUGAAUACCCGGAUACCCUGCGGUCGUCCUCGCAAUAACGAAGAAACCAUUCCUGCAACGCUUUUACAUCCAGUCUUCGGCCAGUUCCUUGAUGGCUGUCAGACUGAGGAGGUGAAAGCAGAAGAUAAUGAAUUCAUUCAGAAGCUGGCAAAUGUGAUGUCGGACCUUCAUAAAGACGAAUCGGUGCGGAUAAAGGAGGUUAACAAGGUGCUUGAAACUUACGGACUCAACUUUAACCUGGGCGUCAAAGUCAAAGGAACCGACUAUGUGAUGGAUGGUGAAAUGAGCACGAACGACUAUCGAUACGUGAUUGCCGAAUUCAAGAACGAGACAGCAGCCGCAGCUUCGGAGCCUUAUAUGCAGGCUGUCACAUACUAUCUGGAGUCAACCAGCCAGCAGGCGCUUCAGACAACCGGAUCUGCUUUACCUUGUUUUCUCUUCCUACUUUUUGGACCGUACAUUGUCUUCGCUGGUGCUGUGUGGAAUUUACGUCCUAUAGUGCAGGUUCUUUCGACCCCACUGGCGUUGCACUAUCAUUCCACCGAUACCGACAGUCAGAUCAACGCGGCUCGCCACAUGGCUGCAUUCCGGAACGCCGUUCGAUCACUGGGGGAAUACUAUGAAGGUCCCCAACCUGGGCCUGCUACCACCCCCAUGUUGUUCCCAUAUCGCACGUAUUUCACGUCUCUCGAUGGCUCUGAGAAAAAGAAAAUAUUCCGUUAUAAGCAACAGGGAAAGGACGAGCGGAAGCUUAUCUUUUUCGGAGCCCUAAUCGGGGAGUCAGGCUCUGAAGUUCCGAUCUGUAUUAAAUUCGUCCGGCGUUAUUCACGCGAGGCUCAUGAGCACUGUGCAAAAUUAGGUUUCGCGCCGACCUUGCGAGGAUGCGAAACGAUCCCUGGUGGGUGGUUUAUGGUGGUCAUGGACGACCUUCAAGGCUACGAUACAUUGGACGACGUGCCCAAUCUCCCGGAAUCGGUUUUCAGCGAAAUCGAGAGUAAGCUGGCCACGCUGCAUGCAGCGGGCUUCGCUCAUGGCGAUAUCCGUGAUACGAACAUCAUGGUGAAGCGGGAAGACAGGACGACGUUCAUGAUCAUCGACUUCGAUUGGGCCGGGAAAAUCAAUGUGGUGAAAUACCCACCGUAUGUGAAUUUUGUGGACAUCAAGAGGCCAGGCAGUGCGCGCGAUGGGAUGCCCAUUCUGAAAGCUGAUGAUGAAUGGAUGCUGAAACAAAUCAUUAGUCAGAGGAGCAAGUAGGCUUACCCUGGGUCUGACACGAGAUGUAAAACCAUGUAGGAAGUAUACUAUACCCUUUUCUGUAAUUGUGGUUAGCAUUCUAGUAAGGUUGUGGUAAGAAAUCUAGGAGCCAUAAGGAAUAUUUCUGUGAUGUGAUCUAUAUAAACAUGGAUGUUAUGUAAGAGAGAGCUGCAAUCCAAGUG